AUUGGAGAAUAUCUAUGGUUUUGGUUAUAUAUUUUUACAGCCGUUAGAUCUUCAAACCGAUCAAUCUAACGGUUCUUAACAAUAUCCAAUUCUCAUAAGAAAAGAGUACAAAAAUAAAAAGAGUCGCUGUCACUAUACCGUACCGUACAGAGUCAAUUGAAGAAACCGAGAGAGAGAGUGAGCGGAAUCAUGACUUCUCCGGGAAAAUCUCCGAGAUCCGACCGGAAAUCACCGACGGUUGUCACCGUCCAGCCGUCUUCUCCCAGAUUCCCGAUCAGCACACCUACUGCUGGAGCUCAACGUAAGAUCGGGAUCGCUGUCGAUCUAAGCGACGAGAGUGCGUACGCAGUUCAAUGGGCUGUUCAGAACUAUCUCCGAUCAGGUGACGCCGUUGUUCUCCUUCAUGUUCAACCGACGAGUGUACUUUACGGCGCCGAUUGGGGCGCUAUGGAUUUGUCGCCGCAGUGGGAUCCAAAUAACGAAGAGUCGCAGAGGAAGCUUGAGGACGAUUUCGACAUUGUCACUAAUAAGAAAGCGAGCGACGUUGCUCAGCCUUUGGUUGAGGCGGAUAUUCCGUUUAAGAUCCAUAUCGUCAAGGAUCACGAUAUGAAGGAGAGGCUUUGUUUGGAGGUGGAGAGGUUAGGGCUAAGUACUUUGAUUAUGGGUAGUAGAGGAUUUGGUGCUACGAAGAGGAGUAGUAAAGGGAGAUUAGGGAGUGUCAGUGAUUACUCAGUUCACCAUUGUGCUUGUCCGGUGGUUGUUGUUAGAUUUCCUGAUGAUAAGGAUGGAGAAGAUGAGAAAUCCGGCGACAGUGGUGGGGAGAAUCUGAUGGACAGUGAUAAACUUCAUACAGUGCCUGAGGUGGCUGAAGAAGAGGGAGAUAAGGAUGAGUACCAUGAUGCUUCGGAUAAGCAGUAGCAGCAAGGUUGACUUUGAAUGCAUGCUUUCAUGUUGCAGAAGGAGACCUCCCUAAGGAGACUUAGAAAGAAAAGAAAGCGUUCCUUUGCCCUUGGUUUGUGUUCUUGAGUGUGCUUAAUUGUGUUGUUUUUGGGGUUUGGGGUAUUCUAGAUCUCUUUUGUAAGUAUUCUCUUGUUUCUUGGUUUUGUUUUAAACUCUAUGGAAUUUGGGAUGAGUGGAUUCGAUGUCUUUUGUUUGUCUUUGAAAAAGCAGUGAAAAGAAUUUCAGUGGUCUUGUAUAUCUCUGCAGUUGAAUAGUUGGUACAAAAUAACAUCUUUGACGGUUCCAAAUAAUAUAUCUUGUCAGUAAUGACCAUUAAAUAAACUUUACCAUGAAAUGGCUAUGCUUGCAUCUUUCAGAACCAUUACAUUUGUCUUGUCCUGUUUCUGACUUUUCUCUUGACUGUGUGGAAGUUCAUAAGAUCAAUGGUACCGAUGUGUCUUUGUUUGUAUCUUUGGGAAAAAGACUGAUAAUGGUUCCGAAGUUUCACUGUUUGUACAGUCUCAAAUAAGUUCUAUUUUGUCUCUCUGCAGUUUAGUUUUCCCCAUAGAAAGCAUCUCUGAUGGUUUCAAAUGUAGGCAUCAUUAACAUUUUCACCACAUUGUCCCUAUUCUCAAGCAGCGAACUCUCUUCCUAUGAUCAACGUCCACUAUCUAUUCCCAACUUUGAAGAGUU